AUGAGAGUGGAAUAGAUUGCUCGAGCCUUAAAGACUCCAUCUGUGGAGUCUUUGAAUUGGAAUCUGUGAAUUUGCCUGCGGUGGGGCACAAUUGUUAUUUCUCAAGAAAUGAGUGGGUGUGAUUUUAGAGCAUAUCAAUGGGCUGCUGGUUGUCAAAGAAACCUACAAAAAUGAUUCAGAUUAGGGGAGAGAUUGUGCAGACAUGGCUAGGAGUUAUAUCUCGAGUCUGAGGUAACUCAGCACAAGCUUUGUACAAUAGCAAAGAGAGGCCAAAUGGACCGGAAGUGCUGGGGGGUGCUGAUUCGGAGCAGGUUCAGAAGCAUUGACCACCACCACACACAACCGCCCCCUGCCGCCCCCUCCAACCCCCCCACAGGCUCCUGGAAUUCUGGUGUUUAGCUUCUAGCCCUGUUUUGAGGAUUUGUUAGUUCUAGAGACCGGAACAGUGUAGUAUAGUAGUAGAUGCGGAAUUCUUUAACUCAAGAAGGGGGAGGAGCUCGAGACUCCACUGUUCCACUCCUUCCCAUAGUUCCAUGAAAAGAGGAAGGGUUAACCUUUCCCACUGUCCUUAUCCCUCCUUUCUUCAAACAAUUCUCUUGAUUUAAAAUGACCUUGAGAACCCAGCGUCUUGGUGCAUCCUGCUAAUCCCACCAUUCGGAUCAGGAGUAUAAGGCUAGCCUCAGUGAAGCGGGAUGGUAGCCACCCUGGGCCGCCUGAGAGUCUCAUCCCUCCCCGCAAAAAAGUAACCUUGAGGAUUGUCAGAAGCCAGGCUUGAAAAUGGAGAUGUAUGAAACCCUUGGAAAAGUGGGAGAGGGAAGUUAUGGAACAGUCAUGAAAUGCAAACAUAAAGAUACUGGGCGGAUAGUGGCCAUUAAGAUAUUCUAUGAGAAACCAGAAAAAUCUGUCAACAAAAUUGCAACGAGAGAAAUAAAGUUUCUAAAGCAAUUUCGUCAUGAAAACCUGGUCAAUCUGAUUGAAGUUUUUAGACAAAAGAAGAAAAUUCAUUUGGUAUUUGAAUUUAUUGACCACACAGUCUUAGAUGAGCUACAGCAUUACUGUCAUGGACUAGAGAGUAAGCGGCUAAGAAAGUACCUGUUCCAGAUCCUUCGAGCGAUUGAGUAUCUGCACAACAAUAAUAUUAUCCAUCGAGAUAUAAAGCCUGAGAAUAUUUUAGUCUCCCAGUCAGGAAUUACGAAGCUCUGUGAUUUUGGGUUUGCGAGGACACUAGCAGCUCCUGGAGACGUUUACACAGACUACGUGGCCACACGCUGGUACAGAGCUCCAGAACUGGUGCUGAAAGACACCUCCUACGGAAAGCCAGUGGACAUCUGGGCUUUGGGCUGUAUGAUCAUUGAAAUGGCCACGGGCAAUCCCUACCUUCCGAGCAGUUCCGACUUGGAUUUGCUCCACAAGAUUGUCUUAAAAGUAGGCAACCUGACCCCGCACCUGCACAAUAUCUUUUCCAAGAGUCCCAUCUUUGCCGGGGUGGUUCUUCCUCAAGUUCAACACCCCAAAAACGCAAGAAAGAAAUACCCAAAGCUCAACGGAUUGCUGGCAGAUAUAGUUCAUGCUUGUUUACAAAUUGAUCCUGCCGAGAGGAUAUCGUCUACUGAUCUUUUGCGUCACGAUUACUUUACUAGAGAUGGAUUUAUUGAGAAAUUCAUUCCAGAGCUGAGAGCUAAAUUAUUACAGGAAGCAAAGGUUAACUCAUUUAUAAAGCCAAGAGAGAAUUUUAAAGAAAAUGAACCCGUGAGAGAUGAGAAAAAAUCAGUUUUUACCAACACUCUGCUCUAUGGAAACCCAACACUUUAUGGAAAGGAAGCGGACAGAGACAAAAGGGCCAAGGAGCUCAAAGUCAGAGUCGUUAAGGCCAAAGGUGGAAAAGGAGACGUCCCAGAUGUGAAGAAGACAGAGUGUGAAGGUGAACACCGCCAGCAGGGCACAGCUGGUGACACACAGUCCUCAUCCCUGGACAAGAAGCCUUCUGUCUCAGAAGUGACAAACCCUGUCAAUCCCAGUGCGAAUUCUGACGGUGUCAAAGAAGACCCACACUCUGGGGGUUGUAUGAUAAUGCCACCUAUCAACCUGACAAGCAGUAAUUUGUUGGCUGCAAACCUCAGUUCAAACCUUUCCCACCCCAAUUCACGGUUAACUGAAAGAACAAAAAAGAGACGCACUUCUUCACAAACUAUUGGACAAACUUUGUCUAAUAGCAGACAAGAGGACACAGGUCCCACACAAAUCCAAACAGAAAAAGGUGCAUUUAAUGAACGAACAGGUCAGAAUGACCAAAUAGCAAGUGGGAACAAAAGAAAGCUGAAUUUUUCCAAAUGUGACAGGAAAGAAUUCCAUUUCCCCGAACUACCAUUCACAAUACAGGCAAAGGAGAUAAAAGGGAUGGAAGUUAAACAGAUAAAAGUGCUGAAGAGAGAAUCAAAGAAAACAGAGUCACCUAAAAUACCAACUUUACUUAGUAUGGACCCAAAUCAAGAAAAACAAGAGCAGGUUCCCACGGUUUGCAACAUCUUUCCUGGUUGGUGCAAGAGAAGCAACCUCAACUGGCCGUCCUGACCUCCCAGUGGGUCAACCCUACAUUCUGCAGAGAACUUACUUCUCUAAAGGUAGAGUCGGACCCAUCCCACUUGAGAGAACUUGUGACUGUCACCCAUUAGAGCACAGGGAGACCGACAGUGGGAGCUCUGAGCUUUGGUCAGAAAGAACAAUACAGCCUCCAGCUUGUUAGCUGAAAAUCUUUGAUCCCAGAGCUAAAUAAAACAAAAUGAAGUCUGC